CAUUAACGUCACGUUACUUUACAUCAGCUCGCCAGCAGAUCCAGUAUGAAGCCAGUACGAGGCUCCAGCCGGCCGCCAUCCAAAGCUCCUGGUGUUAAAGUCAAGAGGAAGACGACGGAAGAGACGAGGAAACAACAGACAGCACAACAGCAGGACAGAAGAGCAGCACAGAAGAGGAAAGCUGAAGAUUCAUCUUCAAAUGCAAAGAAAGUCAAGGGACAAAAUAACUGGAAGCAGCUGCCACAGUCCACCAUCGUUUCUCUGGAGAACAUAAUGGACCUGUCACUGCUAGCUGUUCUUGCUUUGAAAAGGAAAGACAAGAAAGAGAGCCAGGAACAUCUGAACCUGAUAAAAACCAGGUUCCUUGCUCAGUGUGCACAGCUCACAGCUCCAGUGCACAAACACAAAGAUUUGAAGAGUUCACAUCACCAUCACCAGGAGGAGACCAAGAGGGCUGUGGCUGGAAAGUCCAGUUUGAGCAGAGUGGAGGAAGACUUCCGAGCAGUGGUCCAGGCUCUGGAAAAUGCUGAGGAGCAGACCGUCUCUUUACAGCAGACAUGCAGAGCACUGAGAGACAAGGUGGAGGAAGAGGAGGAGAAGGCUAAAGAGAUUCUACAGAUAAGUAGACAGGCAGUUCUUAACCUUCCUCCUCAUCUGCCACAAAAAGACAAAACAUCAUCAGAGACAAUGAAAAAGAUUAUAGCAGAUAGUGAAUCUGAAGCCACUGCACGAAGACUGGGAGAAAUUCUGCAGAAGUCUAAGGCCGUUCAGAACGCACAGGUGCUGCUUCUACACGCACACAAACACGCUGAUCGACUGCUCAGGUCCGGCUGCAGCACCGGCAGUGGUUCACCUGGUUCAGAAGGAACUUAG